GCACACUUCCACACUCUCACACACUCUCGCACUCUCUCUCUCUCUCUCACUGACACACUCUCAGAGCACACUUCCACAGCCCUGCUGAGCACAGCGCAGCGCCGCGCCGGCCUCUGGCUGCUUUAUUCCCGCCGAAAUGCCUCCGAAGAAGCCCGCUCCAGCCACGGGGAACAAGAAAACCCAGGAGAAGAAGAAAGAAAAGAUCAUUGAAGAUAAAACCUUUGGCCUGAAGAACAAAAAGGGAGCCAAGCAGCAGAAGUUCAUCAAAACGGUCACACAGCAAGUCAAAUAUGGGCAGCAGAGUGCACGGCAGAUUGCUGCUGCCGAAGCCGAAAAGGGCAAAAAAGGUGAGAAGAAGAAGGAGCUCGCCGAGCUGAAUGAGCUUUUCAAGCCUGUGGUGGCAGCACAGAAAGUCAACAAAGGUGUGGAUCCAAAGUCGGUGCUCUGCGCUUUUUUUAAACAAGGCCAGUGCACCAAAGGAGACAAGUGCAAGUUCUCCCACGACAUGAGUCUAGACCGAAAGUCUGAGAAACGCAGCAUGUACGUGGACGGCAGAGAAGAGGAUCUGGAGAAAGAGCAAGAUACAAUGGAAAACUGGGAUGAGAAGAAGUUGGAGGAAGUAGUCAACAAAAAGCAUGGAGAGGCGGAAAAAAAGAAAGCGAAAACUCAGAUUGUCUGUAAGUAUUUCCUCGACGCCAUUGAAAACAACAAAUACGGCUGGUUUUGGGUUUGUCCUGGUGGAGGGGACAGCUGCAUGUACCGCCACGCCCUGCCAGUGGGAUUUGUCCUGAAAAAGGACAAAAAGAAGGAAGAGAACGAAGAGGAGGAAAUCUCGCUGGAGGAGCUGAUCGAGAACGAACGAGCAGCUUUGGGACCAAACGUCACUCGCAUCACUCUGGAAACGUUCCUGGCGUGGAAGAAGAGGAAGAGGCAGGAGAAGCUGGCUAAAGCCCAGCAGGACAUGGAGAGGAAAAAAGCCGACUUUAAAGCGGGCAGGUCGCUCGGGGUGAGUGGGCGUGAGGUGUUCGAGUUCAGGCCUGAGCUGGUUAACGAUGACGACGAGGAAGCUGACGAUACCGAAUAUAUCGAAGAAGACGACGACGAGGUUUCUCAAGAGGUGGAAGCAGAAGAGGAGUUCCAAGACAUCGACAUUGCCAGGUUCAUUCUUAAAGAGGUGGACAACACGGGUAUAACGGUGGCAGCAGCGGACAGGUUCACAUCUCGGGUUCCGCCCAACGGCGAGACAGACGACCAUAAGCUGAGCGAAGCUUCCGGAGGAGCGGAGAACGGAGAACACAGCGAGGACCAGACGCUCGAAGAGAACGGAGAGAGUGCGGGAGAGGAAACGGAGGCGGUGCCUGUGGACGAGAACCUGUUCACUGGUGAGGAUCUGGACGAACUGGAGGACGAGUUAAACACACUGGACCUGGACGAGUAAAGCUGAGCUGCUGAGCUUCUUCACCCUCUCCAUGAACUCCAUACGAGGCUUGAAGUGAAUGACAGUGGUUUUUUUUUUUUUUUUUUUUUUUUUGUCUCCGACAAAUAACCAACACCUCCACCAAAACUGUCGGGAAGAGAACCUGGCCGUCUGCUGUCCCUGACUUCCCUCUCGGAGCCGAUCGGAGGAGGAUCUUUUACUCCAGAUCAGAUUUUUCUUGGUUUUUUUUUUUCCCACGCCAUUAAUAAAACAAAAACAAGCUGAUUUUGCUCUUUGCGUAAAAGAUUUCCAGCGGGAUCAUAUUUCAAAAUAAAUAUUUAUUAGGCCACUGAUCAUUUUUUCUUUUGUCCAAUAUAGUCGGAUUUAAACUGCAUUGGUAUUGGUCCAAGUUAAAACCUGCAGUGCUAAUGCGAAGGCUGAUUUACUUUAAAUUUAAAAACUCUUAAAAUUGGCUCUUUUCUCCCUGUUCCUUUUUCCUGAACAGCUGAAAUGUCAGCUUUAAUGAAUACAAAGGAUUUUACUGCUGAUACAAUUUGAGUUUACGAUAUAAACACCUGCAUGACUGUAAAUGAGGAUGAGGAUGUACGUGGUGAACUUGUCAUGCUGAGGUCACUUGUUCUUAAUUGGACUGAAGGGUCAGACAGUUUCUUGGGGCAGACGUGCUGGAGUUUGGUCAUUUUAGGCUCUGACGCCGUGAAAGAAGCUUCAGGAUGGAGAGGCCUGACGGACUGAUCAGCGUUCUCAGAUGUUCUGCUGAGGGUUUGAAGUGCUUUAGGGAAGGAGAGAAGCCGGAGAGUGGAAUGUGUCUGUUCUCGUCUUCUGUUGUUUUUAAAUGCCUCUCACCAACAUGCCAAGACGAAGUGUAAAUAAAAGAAUAUCAGAGACCGACGGA